AUUCCAAUGUUCAGGUUCUAGAGAUGAGUCUGAAGAUCUUGUGAGUUUCUUGAAUCUUGAUCUAAGAGAAAGUACAAUGAAUUUACCAAGAAGCUGCCCUUGGCCCCCUCUUACCCCGCGAUACACGUGAUACCGCGCCCUUUACCUAGGUAGCUAGGUAGGUAUGUACCCCACUUUCACUCACGUUUCUCUUCUCUUCGCGACCACGAACUUCCCCCUUUGCCAAACCCGUGGAAAAUGUCUACAGCAACAUCACCACCGGUGCUCCUUGUAAUCGACCUCCAACAAGGGCUCGUCGAAGCUCCACCAGAGAACCCUCGCUCAACACCCAACCUCAUCCCCAACGUUGAGAAAUUGCUCAAACACUGGCGUUCGAAAGCCUGGCCAAUCUUACACGUCCAACAUGAUGAUAUAUACGAUGAAAGUAAUGACAUCUCAGCGAGCUAUCCCCAGACUUUCAAGAUUCACGCAUCGGCUGCCCCGAUAGCCAACGAGCCAGUCUUUAUCAAGAAUGUUGGAAGUGCGUUCGUUGGGCCGGGCCUACCCGCUGCGCUCGAGAAGUUGGGGAAGAGACCGAUUGUAGUGAUGGGAAUGGACGGAAGGGAGUGUGUCAAUAAUUCAACCAGGCAUGGUGCCGAUUUGGGGUACGAGAUCAUUGUCGUAUGGGAUGCGUGUGCCACUUAUGGGAUGGAAAACUUGAAAGGGGAACCGGUUGAUGCGGAGACGGCGCAUGAAAUGGCCAUGGCAAUGUUGGCGAGCUAUGCAAGUGUUGAGAAUACGGAAAAGGUUCUUGAGCUCUUUCAGAAGUAAAAGAUAAGAUCCUUGAUUGUCCCAAGCGGAGUUGAGCGCAAUUUCUUCACCCGUGGCUACGAUGCGAUAUAUCAGGCUGACAGUCUUGAAUCUUCAAUCUCCUCAUUUCAAAUUGAUAGGACGAGGCUUGUUGUGGCUUAUGUAGGGCUCCCCAUUAGUCAUGCAGCUCAAUCCACAAUUGAUCCUCGGAC